UUUCGUGCGUGUUCCGUUUUCCGCACAUUUCACUAGUGUUGUAGUUUCACGUGUUAUUAUCAAAUUUAAUUGUAAAUAGCGACAAUAAGCUUUAAAUAUGAGAGUUGAACGCUGUUACUUUUGUUCAUCACCGGUUUAUCCUGGUCAUGGUAUUCAGUUCAUUAGAAAUGAUUGUAAGAUUUUCAGAUUUUGCCGAUCUAAGUGUCGGAAAAUGUUUAACCGCAAGAAAAAUCCUAGAAAACUAAAAUGGACGAAAGCUUUCAGAAAAGCUGCUGGCAAAGAACUUACUAUUGAUCCAGCUUUUGAAUUUGAAAAGAAGCGUAAUGUUCCAGUUCAGUAUAACAGACAGUUAUGGCAACAGACAGUUAAGUCCAUUAAAAGAAUUUCUGAAAUCAAGAAACGAAGAGAAGCUUGUUUCAUCAACCAGAGGUUAAAGAAAGGUAAAGUGUUAGCUAAAGAACAAGACCUAAAAGAAGUACAACAAGAUUUAAGUCUGAUCAGAUCUGUCGCAGCACCAAAUCAAUUGAAGCUGAAAUUGAAAGAGAAAAACUUAGAAGCUAUGGAAGAAGAUCAACCCGAGGAAAAGAUGAUGGAGGAAAAUUGAUUCUUUUCACAAGUUUCAGUUUGGACCAUUCAUUUACAUUUCAAGAUCAAGUUGUCCAAAAUACAUCAGCCCAAAUUAUGUUGCAAAGUGGAUAGCAACAAUGUUUAUAAACUUUUUUUUUUCAAAGCAAAAUCAUGUUAUUUUGACUACUUUCAAUAGUGUUUUCUCUAAAAUUAUCCUUCACUUUCCUUAUCCCACCCUAGAAAAAAAAAACCUUUUAAAAUGCUUACCAAGUUUUAUAUUAAAGCAAUAUAUUUAAUAUUAUACUGUAAAAAAAAAAUUUGGAUGUUCUAAAUCCAAUGUUUCUGUUGUGCAUGUGAAAUUCUGGAAUA